GAGUGAUUUUACGAGGGAUGGAGGAACGACGAGCAUCGGCGGCAACGGCGAGCGCGCCAAUGAGUUGCGGCAGCGGAAGCUCCAGCAUGUGUGCGGGGCCGAUGCAACAGCAGCAGCAGCAAGGUAUGGGUUGUACUCGCGAUUGGAGGAAUGUCGAUGCGGCUGGUGGGUUUUAUGUCGGCAGUGAGCCGAGGAAAUUUCACGGGCCUCCUCAGUGCGAUCGGUGCGGGCGUUCUGGACACGUAAGCAUCAAGUGCCUGGCACCAAACCACGAAAUGAUCUACUGGAAGUACAACCGACCUGGACCGUUUCAGCAGCAGCGCAGGAACGGCGAGUUUGGCGGCGGGUGGACAGCAUCGUCCCUAGUCGCCGCGUUGGCGCCGGGUACUCAGACGGACGCAGCGGCGAUGGCGGCGGCGUCGGUGACAGGGGGAACGGCAGCGGCAGCAGCAGCUGCGGCAUCCCCGGUCGCCGCGUUGGCGUCGGGUAUCCAGACGGCCGCAGCGGCGGCGGUAGCGACAUCGGUGACGGGGGGGACGGCAGAGGCGACAGCAGCAGCCGCGUCCCCGGUCGCCGCGUUGGCGUUGGUUGUCCAGACGGCCGCAGCGGCGGCGGCGCCGAUAUCGGUGACGGGGGGAACGGCAGCGGCGACAGCAGCAGCGGCGUCCCCGGUCGCCGCAGAGGCGUCGGGUGACCAACGGACGCAAGGGUGGCGGCGGCGGCGGCACCGGUGA